GGAUCUUGGAAAACCUUAUACACCAAUAUGUAAAUGAAAAAAAUAUCUGCUGCGAGACUUGUCGUCCUUACUGCUAAACGGGUUUGAAUUCGAAUCAAAGAUAAGAUAGAUCCAAAUCCAUCGGCAUCCCUAACUCGUAAAACAUACUUACGAUGCUAUCCCAAGCUAAAAGCAAGUUUACAAUGCAAAUGAAAUAAAACGCACCAUGAAAUAGGAAAUUUUAGAACUUCUAGGCGCGGCAAUGUUAUUUUGCUGAAAGUUACGUGUCAUCUCUGACUUUGAGGCCACGGAAUCCAACAGGACGCUUCUGCGCCUCGGCGUGCCAUCGCAUCUGGUUGCUUUCGACGCAAGGAAAGCCGCCAACGGUCAAAAAAACCCAUACUGGUCCACGGUCUCCGUCCCUCCCUCUCUCCCUCACUCAAUAUAUAAUUCUGAUCCUCUCGUUUUCUCUGUAAAUCAGACCCAGGUCUCUGCGAAUCAUCAUCACCAUCACUCUCCCAUCUCCCUGUCGACAGUAAGAGAUGGAAGCCGAAGACGGUGAAGAAGGGUUCACGAUUUCUCUCCGUCCGUUGGAACUGACGGACGCCGACGACGUGAUGGGGUGGGCAACCGACGCCAGAGUGGCGCGGUUCUGCCGGUGGGAGCCCUACGCCUCCCGGGACGACGCCGUGGCCUUCAUCCGCGACUUCGCCAUUCCCCACUCGUGGUGCCAAGCCAUCUGCGUCGCCGGCCGUCCGGUGGGCUCCAUCUCCGUGGAGGUCGGCGAGGGCAGCAGCGCCUGCCGCGGGGAGAUCGGGUACGUGCUGGCCCACCAGUACUGGGGCAAGGGCAUCGCCACUGCGGCGGUGAGGAUGGCGGUCCAACAGGGCUUCGCCGCUUUCCCGGCUCUGCGUCGGAUCGAGGGGCUGGUCGAUUCCGAGAACUUCGGGUCCCAGAGGGUCUUAGAGAAGUGCGGAUUCAUCAGGGAGGGGGUUUUGAGAAAAUAUAUGCUUUUGAAGGGCCAGGUCAGGGAUAUGGUCAUUUUCAGUAUCCUCUUGGAGGAUAUCAUGCAUGAAUAAACCGAACAGAUCGGGUAUGAUCAGUGCCGAGACCCGAUUCAAACUCGCAGUGGUCAUGGUCAACACUUGUGAAGUUCGAUUAGGAACUGGAUCCGACUUUGAUCUUAAUAAAAGCUCCGACCUUAGUUAAAAAUGAUUGUUUCUGCAGAUUUCUCUCAUGGGUAUACUGCCAAAUCCAGAUUGUUUGGAUCUUCUCGGUUCAGGUAAUAUAUGUCAGUUACUUUGGAACUCAAAGUGAGUUCACGAUGGCAACAAUGUAAUGUAAGAAAGUGGUUAAGAAAUGAAACUUUUUCAA